AUGGCGAUGAGUGCUUACAACCUGUUUCUCUCACGCAUCCUCGGACCGAACGUGCUAAUACGCAUAUUAGCGGUUGUGAUUACCGGAGGCUUCACCCAUGCGGAGCUAUGUAAAGUCUUCGCGGAAAGGGGACAUGUUGCAGAGUUUGCUACAAACGCUGGCCAAGAGGAUUGGGCCAAGUAUUGUCCCCUCAUUAAAACUUCGAAUUAUUUCUGGGACUCGUACUGGACGCACACCUAUCUUCAUCUCAAGGAGAUGGCAUUGACUCCUGUUAGUCGUCCUGACUUCACCAUCGCCGACUUCUUUGCCGACGCGGCUGUCAAACACACGAUGGUCGAGCUCGGCAUACCUAUUGCGAUUAUCUCUGGUCAGCCGGGCUUUCAAAUCGAUAUGAGCCUCACUUCGGAACGUGCACCUAGUGCAUCGCGCAUAAAGAAUGAGAUGGUGUUAUUCUGGGCACUGCCUUCGCUCAUAAAAUGGCUUAAAUGGACGAAGCAAAUGCGCAUGAAAGCCGGUGUGACGCACAAAAGCCCCUCAGUUUCUAAACCUGACUAUCUCGUUCUUGUGAUCUCUUUUUUCGGUUUGGAGGUGUCCAAGGAUCUUCCGCCAUCGAUUGUGCCAUGCGGGCCCAUCCUAGCCGACAGCUACAAUGAACUUGACGAGAAGCAUGCGAAGUCCCUAGCCCAGCACAAGCGGGUACUUCAUGUUGCCUUGGGAACACACAUAAUCCUGCAAGGCGCAGACGUUGCCAAAAUUCUUGAUGGUAUCAUUCAAGUGCUCGACGAUCGCCACAUUGACGGCGUCAUCUGGGCUGUUGGACAUUCUCCUCGACAAGAAUUUCACUAUAAUAAGAGCCUCACUCGUGCAGGUCAACAAACCCGCACUCUUGGAGAAAUACUUGACCAAGCAGAUUCAGAUAUUAUGUUCCCCUUGUUUGCUCCUCAGCACGCGAUCUCAGAACACAAGAGCACCGUGUUGUUCUUGACUCACGGAGGCAGUUCUUCUGCUAACGAAGCACUCUACCACGGUGUUCCAGUCCUGACUCUCGGCUUUUUCUUUGACCAAUUGAGAAAUAGUGCUCGUUUGCGUAGCGCGGGCGUUGGUUUAUCUUUGGACAAGCUACAUUACACUUCUUGUGAAAUAUGCGACAGCAUUGCGCUCAUCGUGGGCGAUCAGGAUGGUCGAUUCGCACAAAAUCUCAAGCGCAUGAAGGGCGUUGCAAGAAUUGCAUCAAGAUUCCAUGAUCGAUAUCGAUUCCUGGAUGGUAAGGAGAUGCACCCUAGAUACCUGCAAACAGCUGAUAUGCGGAUGUCAACGUGGACAGCGAAGAAAUGGGACCUGCGAUUACUGACUUUGGGCACCAGUCUGAUCGUUGUUGCAGGUAUGAGCUAUAUAGGUCGGGCGAUCUACACUGCUUUUCGUUUCCGCACAAGAUUGUUCGGGAAAUAA